AUGGCGCGCCGAGCGGGGCCGGGGGUCGGCGGCUGGACCGGGUCUGGGGCCUGGAUGUGGCCGCCCCCUCCUGUCCCCUCGCCCUCUCCUCCUCCUCCUCCUCCUCCUCCUCUGCUGCUGGUCCUGCUGGGUCUGCUGGUCCUGUCCGGCCAGGUGGCCGCCUGGUACAAACACGUGGCCAGCCCUCGCUACCACACCGUGGGCCGCGCCUCCGGCCUGCUCAUGGGCAUCCGCCGCUCGCCCUACCUCUGGCGCAGGGCCCUGGGGGCUCGACCCCCGGAUGCCCCCGCCUCGCCCCGGGACCCCUGGGCAGGGGCCGGGGACCCCUGGGUCCGGGCCGGGCCGCGAAGACGCCGGACACUGAGCCUCCCGAGGGACGGAGUCUGCGGACCGAGCUGUGGGACAUCGGGACUCCAGAACGGGGACCCGGGGCAGGCCGGGCAGCCCGGACAGCCAGACUCUCCGGAGAGCUGGCUCCGACGGUGCCCCCCGAGCCUGUCGUCCUCCUCGAGGCCCCGGACCCGCUCCCGACGAGCCCUUCUCGCGUGACGCUCCUUCCUCCAACUCUUCCUCCUCCGGCAGCCCUCGGGGAUUGAGGCUCGGCGGGUCGCCCCCCAACACCCCCACACCCCGCUCCGCUCCGGGACACCCGAGGUCCGAUCGGCCCCGCUCCCUCAUCCCACACAGCCCCCCCGGGGGCUCCCCUCCCGCCGGCGGGCAGAGAAGACCUUCAUCUGGGGCUCUUUCGGUCACGUCUGAGCUUCUCGCGACGUGCUUACCCGGCCGCUCUGAGUUUGUGCGUUUACGGGGCUCCGCGCUCAUUA